CGCACAUAUUUGAAUGUCGGAGGAACGUAAAUAUUUGUAUUUAAAUACAUAUUCUCAAAAAAAGUCAAACAACCGUUUUGCAAGAUGAAAACACUGACAAUAAAUUCAGUAACGGAAUUAUUCGGACAAAGCUGCGCGUCGUUUUCGGAGUCACGCACGUGUCUCUGCGUGCACAACUUAUUUCUGGAUGCACUGUGGGAUGCGUUUGUAUACCUGUUCUUUCUAUUCAUCCGCUUUUCGGAAAGAUCACAUUCCACUGACGGAAUUGAGGGAAAUGGUAAGCCCGAUGCACCGUCGGGCGGGGCGAAGAUAAAUCUGUGUCGAUGCGCGCACGAGAUCGUGGCGGGCGGGCGGAGAGGCGGAUAACCUUCGGACCCACGGACGACCUUUACCUGCCACGGGAUCGUACCGUUGUGUAGACGUAAUUAUUCGCUGAUGACUAUUCCCCGCGUCGUUGUGUGGCGCAGCCUUCCGAGAAGCCUCUAGGUUACUCGAGAAUGACCAUCCGAAAGGUUAGAUAGUUCUUCAGCUCGGCAAAAAUCCGUGCAUUUAUGACGCAUUUGAGAGAACAAUGGAUUGAAGAGCGCGAUCCCUUCACGGAUAAAAGCACAACGAAUAAUAACUACGAAGGAUUGUUAAAGCCGGCCUUUAAACGUUCUAUUUUUAAAGCAAUUAUCAUAGCCUUCUUUUUUGCUGGAGAUAUCAGAAGAAUACUUGAAGUGCUUGAGAUGGUAUUUUUUCAUUUGCUUGUUCAAAUCAUUGCGGAAGGAGAUCAAAUCGCUUCUGAGCCGGAAUUAAUCAACGCUUUCGUUUCGACACUGGGCGGAUGACCUUAAAAUUCCCGCGUAGAUAUUGCGCUGGACCUCAGACUUGUAGCUGAUUGAAGACACGCGUUCGUGGGAUAUCUAUAAUCUGCCAAUUGAUAAACAAGCGCGCGGCAAAGCUUGACAAUUUAUCGCUAGUCGGUCGUCAUACGUGCACAAAGAACAAUGCUGCGAAAGAUACGUAAGCGCGUGCGGACGUCGGAGAGAUCCUUAGAGCGAACUCAUCGCGUAUACAAGAGAAAGAUGGAUAGGGACCACAGAGAGCAACGCGAUCGCGAUAAUCUGAAUGAAAAAGAGUCCGACUGUAAAAUCGGAAUGGACUUUCGCAGCCACUCCCAUCAUCACGAUCAUGCACUAGAUAUCGAUACAGAGAGAGAAAUGGAAACCGAUUCGGCGGAGCAUGCCGAAAACUUACACGACGACAAGUCCGAGAAACUAGCGAGGAAUUUUCAUAAUUUAGGACGUCACCCAGCUAUGAGAGACGUGGAUAGGGAUCAAAAUAAUCACAUCGACAACAUGCACGACGACAAGAUGGAUCACAAGAUAGGAAGAGAUUUCCGCAAUCUGAGCCAUCAUCCGGGAAUGGUACAUCUGCACUCUGGCAUCGAGCAUUUAAGCAACGUUGACGUCGAAGUGAAAUUAGCGAGAGACGUUCGUGGCUCAUUAGGCUUAGGGCUGUCCCUAGAACUUUGCGUAGUUUGCGGAGAUAGAGCUAGCGGUAGACACUACGGAGCGAUUAGCUGCGAGGGUUGUAAGGGCUUCUUUAAGCGCAGCAUUCGCAAACAGCUCGGCUAUCAGUGCAGAGGAAGCAAGAGCUGCGAAGUUACCAAACAUCAUCGAAAUCGUUGUCAAUAUUGUAGACUUCAGAAGUGCUUGGCGAUGGGCAUGAGAAGCGACUCGGUUCAGCAUGAAAGAAAACCGGUGCUGGGCGACUCGGCGGCAGCGAAAGUAGGCAACCGUAAUCCCAGGGUGAAGCCAGAACCGCAGCAAUCUGCGUCCGAGGCAGCUCCGGCUUGGGAUCAAUCCGAGAGUCCCAACAUGGAAGACCAAAGCAGUGACAGCGAUCUCAGUGAUGCUUUCACUUUAGCUCGUGAACGUUUAUUCAUCUCUCAUGCGUUCGAGAGUAUGGCCAAACUCAUGGAUGACACUAUGAACGGUUCGGCCGAACCAGAAGAAGAGUGGACUGGUCAAUUAAUUUCUGAACGAAACACGCUGUUCAAAUUAACGGCGCCUGACCCAGCGCCCGCGUAUCUAUCCAUUCAUUACAUAUGCGAGAGUGCGGCUAGAUUAUUAUUUUUGUCUAUACAUUGGGCGAGGGGAAUUCCAGCAUUUCAGGCUUUGCCGUCAGACGUUCAAACUCGUUUGGUACGAAGUUCUUGGGGACAGUUGUUUACUUUAGGUCUGGCGCAAUGUGCAUAUACGUUGUCUCUUCCUGAUAUUUGGACGUCGAUAAUCAAUCAUUUGCGAGCCAGUAUCCUGCAAGACAAGAUCACAGCUGGCAAGAUGAAAUGCGUCACGGAACACAUAUGUAGAUUGCAGGAUUGUGUGAAUUCACUGCACAAGCUGCAAGUGGAUUCGGUUGAAUACGCGUAUCUGAAGGCUUUAACACUUUUUAGCACUGAUAAUAUCCUGAUAACAGGCACCUGGCGUAAAAAGAUUGAAGUUUUGCAAGAAGCGGCGUGGUCAGAGUUGCAGCGACAUGUAGACAAGGACAGAUUUCCUCGUCUUCUUAUGAAACUAACGCCUCUCCGCUCGAUUAAUCCUAAGAUUUUAGAGGACCUCUUCUUCGCGGGUCUCAUCGGUCCAGUAAGUGUGGCCAGCGUCGUGCCUUAUAUCCUUACCAUGCAAGAUUAUAAAACCGAACCGGAGAGUCAUGCGGGAAAGUCCAAGAGGGCCGUUCUCGAACAGAACGACCAGAACGAGAGCAAACGCAAACGCUCAGCACCGCCGGUAGUGGUGACGCAGGUGAUCCGGCAGGACUACGAUCACAUACCGGAACCGAGGCGUACGUGGUCCUGCACGACCAUGGAGCAUCCGUUGAACGGCCGCCUGUCGCCGAAAGUCACGCCGAUCACCGACGACUACGAAAUCAGCAAUCAUGUGCUGGGUCUCGGGAUCAACGGCAAGGUUGUGCAGUGUUACGACAAGAAGACGAGGGAGAAGUACGCCCUUAAGGUCCUGCAUGACUGCGCGAAGGCGCGGAGAGAAGUCGAGCUUCACUGGAGAGCGUCGGAUUGUAGGCACAUAGUCCAAGUCAAAGACGUAUACGAAAACUCCUACAGCGGGAAUAAGUGUCUGCUAGUAAUUAUGGAAUGCAUGGAAGGUGGGGAACUAUUUCAAAGGAUACAAGACAGACAAGACGGUGCUUUUACCGAAAGAGAGGCUGCGCAAGUGAUGUACGAAAUUUGUGUUGCGGUAAAGCAUCUACACGACAUGAACAUUACACACAGGGAUCUAAAACCCGAAAAUCUUUUAUAUUCUAAACCUGAUAGUACUGGAAUCCUGAAACUCACCGACUUCGGGUUUGCUAAAGAAACACAUUUAAAAGACACAUUACAGACGCCAUGUUACACACCUUAUUAUGUCGCCCCUGAAGUUUUGGGACCAGAGAAAUAUGACAAGAGCUGUGAUAUUUGGUCAUUGGGAGUAAUCAUGUACAUAUUAUUGUGCGGUUUCCCACCAUUCUACAGCAAUCACGGACUGGCGAUUUCGCCCGGAAUGAAAAAAAGAAUCCGGUUAGGGCAAUAUGACUUCCCUUAUCCAGAAUGGGCGAACGUGAGCCAGGAGGCCAAAAGCCUUAUUAAGGGCAUGCUGUGUAUAGAUCCAGCCGAAAGAUUGCAAAUCGACGCUGUGAUGCGUAACAACUGGAUCUUUAAAUACACAGAGGUACCUGCUACUCCUUUACACACCGGACGCGUUCUACGCGAGGGGGAAGAAAUGUGGCCGGAAGUGCAAGAAGAGAUGACGCGAUCGUUGGCGACGAUGCGCGUCGACUACGAUGCGGCGUGUCUGAAGCAGCUCGAUCACACGAACAACCCCCUGCUGAUCAAGCGGAGACGCGCGAAACAGUCUGCGAACAGCUCGGCGGUUCCGCCGGCCGCCAGUCCCACGCCCGCUUCCUAGGAAGAGGACAGCGCCAAGCGGAACUGGACUAUUUUUCUACGUAGAUGCGUCAGAUACAGCAUAGUCACAACGAGGAUCGUUUUCUGACUGCUGCAUUUCAAGCGAAAGAAAUUUCGUAAUAGGGUAGUAUCCAAAGGCACCUAGGUCACGUGUAUCGCACGCAUGCGUUUUUACGCUUAUUAGCGUUUGAUUUAAUCAUCGAGGACGCAAGGUAAAUUUUUUUACAGUAACAACAAUAUACAACUAGGACAAUAUUGCCCCAACGAAUGCGUAAGCGAUGCCUUUUUCAAUUACCGUACGAUAUCACAGUCUUUCUCCAAAAAUGACCUAUUGAGGAACGUGUCGCGACCGUUCUGUGAGAUAUAAUUAUAACGCACGAUGCCUAGAAAUCUAAAAAAAAAAAUGCAGAACAAUGCAAUAAAUAUGAUAGCAAUAUCGUUGUAACAACGAUGGAACGCCGAAAUUCGCGUGACAAAAAUUUUGCCACCGAACAUUUCGUUAGAGACGGAUAACAGCGUUAUCAAAUAGUUACACAUAUAAAAAGCAUUUACUAUGAUAACUGUGUUGCACACAUAAAAGCGUUCAAUAAUUUUUGCAGUAAUCGCAGGGAAUGGGAAUAAAAUCUUUUUUUAUUAGAACGCAGAGCAUACUAGUUUAGUGUAAGAUAUUUUUCUAGAACAACUCUCCAGAAUUAUUGCACAAUAAUAUGAUUUGCAGUCUCCUAUAUAAAGUAUUUUGCUUCCAAUCUUUCACGUCAAUAUGUUGUAUACCGCGUAUCAACAAUUUCAGUUUAUAGUCAUCAAAUAUUUUUACUAAAGUUGAUAUAAGAGCAUUAAAACCUUUUAAAAAGGCAUUUAUUUGUUCUUGCACACGAAAUACUAACCGCCACUGUAUAACUAAAUUUAUAUAUUUGUCCUUAUUUUCAUCUUUUAAAGAGAUGUUAGCACCAUCUGAUUUUAACUCUUUGGAAAGUACGACCAAAGUUUUCUUCGUCAAGACAAAAAGUGAAUUCUAAUUCACUAGGAUGAUUCUCUUUAAUCCACAAAAGAAAGUAUUAUACUAAAUACUGUGCUGAAUUAUAUUUACAUUUUUGCAGAGUAUAAAUAAUUUCGAAAAAAUACGCGUAUUUCUUUGAUAUAGCCGUAAUUUGAGAAUAGUUUUACAUAUAGAUAAUAUAUUAUUUUUUACAAAACCGUGUAUUAAACGAAUAUUAAUAUGUCGAUCAAAUCUAGCUAACAAUUAUAAAAAUACGUGGUAACAUCUCAUGCCAAAUAUGUAUAUAUAGCAAUAACAUCUCAGCAAAAAGACGUUAUAUAGCGUAUUUUUUGCACGAAUAUAAUUAAAACACAAUAAUUUUAUUAUCGUAUUCGUGUAAAGAAUAUUCUCUAACGUCUCUUUUGCUGAGAUGUUAUUACUACACAUCGGUAUGAAAUGUUAUCGCGUGUUUUGAUAAUUGUUAGCAGUUUUUAUCUACGUAUCAAUAUUUACAAAUGGAGAACUAUGCGUUUUUUUUCGUUCUCUUUUAUACUCUUCGGCAGAAAGGUUCUUGUUGUAUUCAGUUACACGCGUCCAAUCAUUUCAAACGGGCACAAUGUCACUAAGUAUUGCAACUAAAAAGCAUCUGUGGAAAUAUUAUGUGAAACUGACGGAUUUUGAAGCACAGUGCAGGCUUUGCGAAAAUCAAUAUAAUUAUGUCAAAGCUGAAAAUUUCAAAACACAUAGCAAGACAGCAGAGAAAACUUUGGAGAUACGAAGAAGAGAGAAAAGUAAUGAAAUGGCCAUGGAUGUAUUUCACGUAUUCAAGCAAAUUAAAUUUACAAUGUAUUAUCUGUGAUGCUACUGUUCUGUCUGCAUCUGAAUUUGUAGAAAAUCACUUGAGUUUGCAUUCUGAAAAAACAACGAGAGUAUCAUAUACAAUACUUCGAGGUUGGCCACAAAAAUAUUGGACAGAAAGAUGAUUUUGACAGAUGAUUUUGUAGUGGAGUGUAAUAUUUGUCACAACAACUUAUCUCUAUCCAUUCAGACAUAUCUGGAUUCUCAUAUAAGAAAGACGCAUUUGGACAAAUUGAAAAAUACGCAAGAAACAUAUAUCAGAACGCGUUUCAUCAUUUGAAACGAACACAAUGUCUAUUUCACUAAAUAUUGCAAGUAAAAAGCAUGUAUGAAAAUAUUAUAUAAAACUGCCGAAUUUUUAAGCAUGUUUUGCGGAAAUGAAUUAUAAUCAUAAAUGAUUGUGCGCGUAAAAUGCACAAAGAAGAAACUAUCUCUGUCAGAAUGGUUGUAUGUAUUAUUUUAUGUUUAAUUGCUUAUGUGUGGAAAAAGUAAAAUAUACAGGCUGUCCGGUAAUUGCUAAAUCUUUUUGGGUAAUCAGGGCGCGUUUAACCGAGUAGAAAAGUCCUUUACUAUUUUGCGAUUUUCACAAUAAUUAAUGAGGAAUUAGUUAGUUAAAUAUUUGCCAAUUUGCGCGAGUUUAAGCGCGCGACGAAAAGAGAUUGUGGCGGCACAGCCCACUCUUAUUUGGUUACUUAUUUGGUUAGCGCGCGAUGAAGCGUUGGGAGGAGCGCUCUACAAAUGUCAACGGCAACAUACGAGCGGUGCGUAACGCUAGAUCCUUGCGUCCUAGCGAUAACAGUGGGCUGUCUCUUCUAGCCGCGCGCUUAAACUCGCGCAAAUUAGCCGAUCUUCUUUAAUUAAUUUCUCUUAAUUGCGAAAAUUGCAAAACUAUAGAAGACUUUUCUACUCGGUUUGAUCUGCCCUGAUUGUACCCGAACGGUGAUUCAGCAAUUACCGGACACCCUCUGUAAACUUAAAACGCUCAUUUUUUUACGGGUGACAUUAAGCAAUUAAUUAAUUAAUGCCAUCUGUAGAGAUUAGAGCGUUUAUAAGUAUAUAUAUUCUACUUUUUCCAUAUAAUUAAACAUAAAAUAAUACAUACCACUCACUGGAUAAAAAAUCGGUUCUUUCCUUGUGCAUUUUACGCGUUCAAUUUUUUUCCUAAAAUAAUUAUGACUCAUGACUGUUCACUCGGAGCCCAAACUGGGCAUAGUUCUUUGCGCACAUUAAUAUA